GCCACAUGACCACACCGACAGAUCGCUCGAUCGACACCGAUAUCACGACACCAUGUUGCAUUGGUUUCUGCUACGAGUGGAACACCAAGAUCUCAAUGCGACCUGUGUCGGACGAUGACUCCGUAAUUCUAAUAGUGUCGCCGAAAUUCGCUACCGUUUACGACCAUGUCUCAUUUCAGUGGAGCCUGAAGAUCCAUGGCAUGACCGGACGGUUGGACGACGAUGUGGAAGAUGAGGACGAGCUACCGUCCGACUAUGUCGCCGUCGAACUCUAUUACGUCGACGGUCCUGUGGAUAUUCGAGCUGUUGUUCGAGUGAUGCAGAAGGAUGCAAAGAAUGAAGACAAAUCAGAUAUGGUUGAGGAACGAAGUACAAUAUCGAUGCAACGCGGACGUGGAUGUGAAGAAAACGUUGGGAUGGUUAUAAAGGUUUCGGUGCUUAUCAAGAUGGAUGCAAAAUUAUUUGAUCCUUACACAUAUCUGGACAAUGUUUUCCCCACACCUCAAAAAUCUUUCCUCACUACGAACUAUAACGCCAGAGUCAACAGUAAAGUAUGGAGGCGACGGUCGAGAAAGUGA